AUGAGGUACUCAAGGACUUUGAAGGCUUCGACCCAGUGUCUACCCAGUCCAGAUGGCGCAUUCCUCGCGAUCAUUCUACCUACCAAACUUGUCAUUCGAUCCACGCGAUCACUCGAAAUCGUACGCACCAUUACAAUACCACCAGACCUAGCAACCACAAUAUCAUGGUUCCUAUGGUCCGAAGACUCGACUCGGGUUCUUAUAGUGAGUACAGAAACUAUACGAGUCUACUCAACUAUCAACCUCCAAUUCUCCGCCAGCAUCGCAAACCCAACCUCGGGAACAACAAAGAUUACAUGUGUAUCUUUCGGCGCGACAGAGGAUGAAAUAUGUGUAUACUCUGAUUUCGGGUUGAAAGUCUCGAUAGUAAAUUUGUCUACCUCGAAGACUGUUGAGAUUCCAUCUCCUAAAUUCUACCAAUCAGUUUCUGCUGCGAAGGGAUUCAAAUAUCGACCACAGACGAAGAAUCUAGCAUUGUUGACGCGCGGAGGAGGGAAGGAUAUAAUCAGCAUCCAUGCGAGAGAUAAUUAUGAAGUCGUACGAUCAUGGCAUCCGGAAUCCAUCGAUGCACAAGCCAUAUCGUGGAGUAUGGAUGGGAAAUGGUUGGCAAUUCUAGAAUCGGCGUCGCAAGGCCAUAAGAUAUUCGUGUACACCGCGGAUGGACAUCUUUUUCAAACAUGGACAGGGCCACAUCCAACUUCUCAUGAAGAUAUGGAUCUGGAUCUUGGAGCAGGUAUCAAGCUGUUUGACUGGAAUCGAACUGGUACGUAUGCUGCCAUUGGGGAUCAUAGUAAACGAGUGACGAUCCUAUCGACGCCAUCAUUCACAGAAACUUUGAAUAUCCAACACACUUCUGGCGUUUCCCCAAACGAAACACUCCAGAUCUGGCAAGAACAAAUAACACCCUCACCCAGCGGUUUCACCCGCGAAUUCACACCAGUAACUCAACCACUCCACCCACCAACUUCAUCACCAACCCCAAUAAACAGCACCGACUCCAAAACUGGCGUCAACAUGAUGUCAUUUGACCACUCCGGCACCAUCCUCGCAACACGCAUUGAGGACCUCCCCACAACCCUCUGGCUAUGGGACAUCCACACCAAACAUCUUCGCACGGUCAUGAUAUUCCAUUCUCCGAUUGCGAAGAUCACAUGGCAUCCUCAGAUUGACGAAUUACUUAUGAUAAGAUGUGAAGAAAGUCGCGGGAUUGUUCAUCUCUGGGAUCCAUCUUUCGAAACUCCCCAAAUCAUCAAUUUUGGAGAACAAAUGCCGGGUGGAAAGGUCAUUGGUAAAACCAUCGCUAGAUGGCUGAAUUCGGACUGUGCAAGUCCCGCGAUGCUGUUCAGUGAUUCUCAGGAUUGUCUACUAGCUUCCUUAGCUGGCGAUGAUGAAGCUGUUCCUUGGCAAGACGCCGAGGCGAAGGGAGUGGAUAUCUACGGGGAGUCGCCGCCGAUUGUGAAUGAGAAAGGUGGAAAUGUUACGAUUGAGGUGUUGAUGGAGGAUGAUAGUUUUACGCGGAUGAGUGAGGGGAGUGAGGAGGUUGAUGAUACCUUUCAGUUCCGGAAGUUUUUUGAGACGUCGGGAACGAGUGGGGGGAGGGUGACUUGA